CCUAGGCUGGUGGAAACUGGCUCUGGUCCUGGAGCCCUCAGAGAAGCCCCUACAUCGGUGCCUCUGUAGUGGGAACCCGGAGCGGCUCUGAGUUGUCCGUGUGUGUCUCAUCCGAGGACCUCUCCUGGAGCUGACCCAGCCUCCGCUGCUCUACUUCUCCACAGCGUCCCAAAUUAGCCCCACAGGUGUGAGCGGAGCCAGCGAGAGGAAGCUGAGUGUGCCCAGCUGAGGGAGGUGCGCGCUGCUGUGAAAGAUGCUGGCGGAGCCAGUGCCAGCUGCCCUGGGGCAGGAGCAGCUCGGAGCUGUCAAGCUGGAGGAGGAGGAGGCUGCUGGCCUGGCAGGCAUCAGGCGGCCAGAGGCCAGGCCAAGGCCUGAGGUGGCCCAUCAGCUGUUCAGAUGCUUCCAGUAUAAGGAGGACAUGGGGCCGCGGGCAUCCCUGAGCCGGCUGCGGGAGCUCUGUGGCCACUGGCUGCAGCCAGCCCUGCACACCAAAGAGCAGAUCCUGGAGCUGCUGGUGCUAGAGCAGUUCCUGAGUGUGUUGCCCCAGCACCUGCUGGGCCGCCUGCAGGGGCAUCCGCUUCGGGAUGGAGAGGAGGUGGUGCUGCUGCUGGAGGGUGUGCCCCGAGACACCAGCCACGCCGGGCCGCUGGAUUUUAGUUUCAGUGCCAGCAAGAAUUGUCCCCGUACAGACAUCAUCUUGGAGGAACAAGGGGUCCCUUCGCAGGUCCCCAGCUACAGUCCCAAAAAGGAAGAGCCCCCAGCCCUGCUGCCACUGAAUGAAGAAGUGCCCCCGUCCCAGCCAUGGCCCUCCAGACCUGCUGAGCCCACAGAGUGGACACCUGCCCCCGGUUCCCGGCAGCCACUGAGUCCAGGACCCCAGGGGACACUUCAGGCCCUGCCAGAAAGCACUCUCCAGGGCCCCUCAGUGUGGCCUGAGGAGUAUUCCCGUGACCAGGAGCUGGCUGCUGUGCUGGAGUCCCUGACCUUUGAGGAUGUCCCAGCUAAGAAGACCUGGCCUAUGCACCCUUUAGGUUUCCAUUUGGAGGCAGUAGUGAUAGCUGCACAGUUUGCUAAAUGGGCCCAAAAUUGCGGCAAGAGCUUCACCCAGACCCAGGACCUGGCCCGCCACCUGCGCAGCCACACCGGGGAGAAGCCGUGCCGCUGCGGCGAGUGCGGGGAGUGCUUCACCCAGAGCGCCCACCUCGCGCGCCACCAGCGCAUCCACACCGGGGAGAAGCCCCACGCCUGCGACACCUGCGGCCACCGCUUCCGCAACAGCUCCAACCUGGCCCGCCACCUCCGCAGCCACACCGGGGAGCGGCCAUACAGCUGCCCGACCUGCGGCCGCAGCUUCCGGAGAAACGCCCACCUGCAGCGCCACCUGGUCACCCACGCAGGGCGGGCGCAGGAGGGGGAGGCCCCGCAGGAGUGUCACGAGUGCGGCAAGACCUUUAGCCGCAGCUGCAACCUGCUGCGCCACCUCCUGGUGCACACCGGGGCCCGGCCCUACUCCUGCGCGCAGUGCGGCCGGGGCUUCAGCCGCAACUCGCACCUGCUGCGCCAUCUGCGGACCCACGCGCGCGAGACGCUGUACUAAUGGUUGCGGUGGCCCGGCGCCGCAGCCCCGUGUGUCCCUUCCAAGACGUCCCCAUCGCACCUGCCUCACGUCUGUUCCCCCCACCCCGUGCCCAGCCUCUUUCCCUGGCCUCAGGAAAGCAUUUCAU